UAGCCUAUAUAUGAUUGGUUAAGAAAUUGCGCUUGAGAGAUUUAUUUGUGUGAAAUAAUGAUAUAUUGAAAUCAUAAAUUAGCCCGUAAAAUUCUCAGUGAGAAAUUAAGUAAUUAACCAUAAUCGUAAUGUUUGCAACGCCCUAUUAUCUUUCACUAGCAUGCUCUGGUUCUAUUCCAACAAGUUAACAAAGCAUAACAAACUGAAGUAGCAAUUAAUUCUCUUCGCUAUUUACAUUUUAAAUGUUACUUAUAAUGAGGCCACACUAACAAUAGAUUUCAUCCACCCAUUUCAUUUGUCUAUGUGACACACCAUCAAAAGGUGAAUAGCCUAUUACACCUUCAAUUUGUAAACAUGGAGCAGGAAAUGGAGAAGAGAAAGGGAGGUAGAAUUGAAGAAAGUGAUGAAGAGAAAUGGGUGCAUGAUGCAUCUGUGGAUUACAAGGAAAGAGUCCCUCUCCGUGCUUCCACAGGUGUAUGGAAAGCUUCACUUUUUGUCCUUGCAAUUGCACUUAGUGAAAGGAUAACCUACUUUGGGAUAUCAAGUAAUCUUAUCAUGUAUCUGACUCGAGUGAUGCAUGAAGACCUAAAAACAGCAACCAAUAAUGUAAACUGCUGGAAAGGAGCAACAACCUUGUUGCCUCUGAUUGGGGGAUUUCUUGGUGAUGCCUACAUCGGUCGAUUUCGUAUGGUCUUCUUUUCUUCCCUCGUAUACUUCAAGGGAUUAAGCAUGUUGACCGUGUCUCAAUUCAUCCCAAAUCUAAAGCCAUGCCACAAUGAUAUAUGCGACCGACCAAGCAAGGCUCAUAAAUUGGUUUUCUUUCUUGCCCUUUACAGUAUCGCCUUGGGUACUGGAGGAUUCAGACCGUGCUUAGAAAGCUUUGGAGCAGAUCAAUUUGAUGAUGACCACUUUGAUGAACGAAAGAAGAAGAUGUCUUUCUUCAACUGGUGGAGCUUUACACUCAGUGUUUCUUCGAUGCUAGCGACAACAGUUGUUGUUUAUGUUCAGGACUUCGUUAGCUGGGGAGAUGCUUGUCUCAUCCUCACUAUGUUCAUGGCUCUCACUAGCAUUGCUUUCUAUGCGGGGAUACCUUUUUACAGGUACAGAAUGAAGCCAAAAGGAAACCCUUUCAUGCCAAUUCUCCAAGUCCUAAUUGCAGCCAUAAGGAAAAGGAAUCUAUCUUGUCCAUCAAAUCCUGCUUUAUUAUAUGAAGUCCCAAUGUCAGAGAAUUCCCAAGGAAGGCUUCUAAGCCAUACUAGAAGGCUCAGGUUUCUUGACAAGGCUGCAAUAGUUGAAGAGAAGUAUACUGAACAGAAAGUCAGUCCAUGGCGAUUAGCAACAGUGACAAGAGUGGAGGAGACAAAGCUUAUUCUAAACGUAUUUCCCAUAUGGCUAACUUCAUUAAUGACUGGUGUAUGCAUAGCAAAUGGCUCCACACUCUUUGUCAAACAAGCAGCUGCUAUGAACUUAAAGAUAAACAACAACUUCAAAAUCCCACCAGCUUCUAUGGCGUCCGUUUCUUCUAUUUCCAUCAUAAUAUCUGUCCCAAUAUAUGAUAGGAUUAUUGUUCCAAAUCUAAGGAAAGUCACAGGUAACGAAAGAGGCAUCAGCAUCCUUAGGAGGAUUGGCAUUGGCUUAGCAUUCUCAGUCAUAGUCAUGGUUGUUGCUGCCUUCGUAGAAAAUAUGAGAUUAAGAAUGUCUGGUCAUGAGAAUUUGAUGAGUGUGAUGUGGUUGAUACCCCAAUACUUGAUCCUUGGCAUUGGAAAUUCAUUUUAUUCAAUUGGUUUGCAAGAGUUUUUCUAUGAUCAAGUUCCUGACUCAAUGAGAAGCUUAGGAAUGGCUUUGUAUCUUAGUGUGCUUGGAAUAGGAUUCUUCUUAAGCAGCUUUCUAAUAAUAGUUGUGGACCAUGUCACAGCAGGGAAGAAUGGCAAAAGUUGGAUUGCCGAGGAUGUAAAUUCAAGUCGUCUAGAUAAGUUUUAUUGGAUGUUGGCUGUCAUCAAUGCUUUAAAUUUCUGUCUCUUCCUAUUCUUGACAAAGAGGCACACUUAUAAGACCGUACAGAGGAAAGCUACGGAAAUAGAUGAUGGUUGUCACAGUGAUGGGGUGGAUACAGUGGCAUGAUGAGAGUGACUGAUGAGUACGCUUGCUAUAUUUUCUGCUUAAUCAAACAUGUAAUAUGUUGUUCUUGUAGUAUUUUCUAAAGUUUGGAUUGCUAAGUUUACAUUGUGGGAGAUUACUCUUGGCUUGCUAUAUAUUUUUUUUGGAGUGUA